AUGGGCAACGGGCAAUAUGCUGACAGGCAUGCAGGAACCAUAAGAAGGAUGCGCGUUGUUCAGAAUUCUCUAGUUAUAAAAUUCCCAGACUGGCUUAAUUCUUAUACCGAUGAGUACAAUUGUUAUGAUGCACGCUAUAGAUGGACAUUUUUGCCAGAACCUGAGUUUUAUUAUGGAGGGCCUGGUCAAGACAGAAUCAAGGAGACAGUCUACCUUCAAUUCCUGAAAAUCCAAGAUUCCUUUCUCUUUCAGUUCACAGUGGUAAUGGGGAUCAAAUGGAUGUUUGUUCUAAUGCUGCAAAUCACUUUGGCCGUAAUAGGCAGGGGAGUUUUAGAGAAGGGCUCCGGCUCAAUGCAGAAAUUUGGUCCUAAGUUUGCAGUAAAAAGCAUUCAGAGUGAAGAUGGGGAUGUAAUCGACUGCAUUGACAUCUACAAGCAACCUGCUUUCAAGCAUCCAGCCCUGAGAAAUCACAAAAUCCAGAUGACACCAGCUUAUGAUCCAACAAUGGUGACAAAAAAUAAAAAUGAAAUUUUGGAACCAUUUAGAAAUGGAAGAGAAAAAGACUUACACGUGGAUGCCACACCACAGCUAUGGCAGAGAAGUGGAAGCUGUCCUGAAGGGACUAUUCCCAUCAGGAGGAUGCCAAAUAAUAGCAAAAGCAAAGAAACUCCAGUUGAUGAUCAUCUAAGAAAGAAACCAAGUAUCAUCCCUGAUCCCUUCAUGGAGAGCAAGAAUACAUACAUACCUUCUAGAAAUAAAUCGCUCAGUAUGGACGCCAUGAAUCUGAUAAAUGUGUUAACAUUGGCAAUAUUGCACGCCGAGGGAUUUGCAUAUUAUGGACGCAAAGGAAAUAUUAAGGUCUGGAAUCCUUCUGUUGAACUAGAUGAUGAGUACACUACUUCUCAGGUUGCCCUCAAAAGUGGUCCUCGAAAGCAGUAUGAAGCCAUUGAAUCAGGGUGGGCGGUGAAUCCAAGUGUCUAUGGGGACAGACAAACUAGACUCUUUACAUAUUGGACGGUUGAUGGUUCCGUCAAAACUGGUUGCUUUGAUGCUACUUGGCCUGGUUUUGUACAAGUCAGCAAGGAUAUAGCACUUGGUGCCGCUAUAUAUCCCAUAUCAAAUCCUACCGGACUUCCAUCUCAGAUAACUAUUUUUAUCUUUAAGGAACUCUUUAAUUUGUUAUCUUACCAUGCUGUAACCGUUCAACGGGGCGGUGAAGUUUACAGCACCAGAGUUGGAACUCAUCCUCAUACUGCAACGCAAAUGGGCAGCGGACAAUACUCUGACUGGGUAUCCGGCAACUCAAGCUACAUAAAGAGGAUGCGUGUUAUUGAAAGUUUUGGAGCUCUAAGAUUUCCUGAUUGUUAUGAUACAUCUUAUGCUGAUGAGUACGAUUGUUAUGAUACAUUUUAUAUCAGUGAAUCUAUAGCGGAUCCUGAGUUUUAUCAUGGAGGGCCUGACUUGGCUGUUGGCACUAAGAUUGAUCAUUUCCAGAAUUAUGUUGCAAAUAGUUUUAGGUGGACGAGGUUUUUAGUGGGUGCCAAUUCUAGUUGUGAAAUUCAUUGGCAGUUUUCUCAGCUGGGACCAGAAAUAAUAGUUUUGCCAGGAUAA